AUGGUGCAAUUUGAGGAAGAGAGAAGUGCAAGAAAGGCCGCUGAGUCUGAUAUGAGAGAUUACCAGAAGAGAGCUGAGUCUUCGAAAGGAAGGAUGAUGGUUCUACAAUCUGAGAUUGAGAUACGAGAAGAAGAGUUGAGGGAGUUGAGAAGCCAUUACUUCGAGAUGGAAGAGGAGCUGAGUAAGGCUAAGCAAGAACGUCAAGAAUGUCAAGACUACAUGGACAACUUUGCAGUUCAAAUUAACUCCAAAAUAGCCGAGCUGGAUAUAGAAAAGGAAGAACUGCAGAGGGUAAGGGAUAAGUUAGCACGGUCAGAGGAUAUGGUUCGAGUUUUGGAAAGAAGUAAUGAAUCCUUAGGGGCCAGCAACGAAGUGAUAAUUGCAGAUAACACCGUGUUCCAUGAUAAGAUAAGGCAUAUGACAAAGCAGGUCGAGCAAGCAGCCCGCUAUGUGGAAAGGUUGCAACAACAAGCCACCCAAGUUGGAAAUAACGCUGCAAAGUAUCGAGAAUACAUGGGGGCCAUCACCUCUUUUAUUGGGGACUUAGCUAAUAGAGGAAAUGCCUUUUAA